UAAGAAAAAUGUCAAUAAAAAAAAUAUAAGUUUCAUAAUGUUGCUGUUGGCUUUUUUUUAUAAUUCAGCUUUAUCAGUACACAAACAUAUGAUCAAUUACAGAAGUGAAGAGGACUUUUGAAAAAAUGAAAGCAACAAAUUAUUGGAUGCUGUUUGUUUUGUUGGUAAAAAGUUCAGAAAACCAUCAAAUGUCUGAACUGGAUAAUAUUUAUAAACUUGGAUGCCAUUACAACAAAACAUCUACGAAUCUUGAUGCUGAUUUUAUCUUUGGUGCUUUAUUUCCAAUACAAGAUUUUAAUUUUGAAGACGAAAAAUAUUUAUAUUCAGUUGAAGAAAUGUCCAUCAUAGAAGCAUUUUUAUACACUAUUGAAAAAAUCAACAACAAUUCUGCCAUUUUGCCUAAUAUAACACUUGGAUUUGAUGUGCGCAACAGUUGCAACAAUGUAAAAAUUGCUAUUACUCAUGUAACUGAUUUUCUGAUUGAUACAAAAUAUUUUUUUAACAAACAAAAAAUUCAUACACAAAACAACACCUGCUCCUGCUUAAAAAACAGAAAAAGCUUGUUAGCAGCAGUUAUAGGAGGUAAAUCCAAAACAAUUUCAAUUGUAAUGUCCGACCUUUUGCAAAUUGAUCAGAUUCCUCAAAUAGCAUAUGGAUCUUCUGAACCUUAUGAAGAACAAAAUAGUACAUAUAGUGAAAACAAACGAACAUCGAAACGUUAUCUAAGCACUAUCCCACCAGAUGUAAACCAAAUAUUAGCUAUUAUUCAUUUAAUUGAACAUUUUAAUUGGACAUUUCCAUUUCUCAUUGCUGCAGACGAUGAUUUCGGUCGUAAUGCAAUACUACUCAUGCAAAAAAAUUUUGAGGAUAAAAACGGGUGUCUUGCUGCUUUACAACUUUUUGAUGUUCAGCAUCCAGAAUAUGCCGUUAAAAAAAUCCUAAUGGACUUGAAACUAAUAUUAUCAAAAACUACUGUUGUUAUUUUAUUGUGUGAAUAUGAACAAGCCAUAAACAUCAUUGAAGCUGUAAACCAAGAGGGUAUUUUGAAUUUAACAUGGAUUGGAAUUGAAAGUUGGGCCACAAAUAUAAGAAUAUCAAAGUCAAACUUAACUAUUCAAAAUAACGCCAUCAUUAGUGUUAGAAAGACAAUACCAAAAGUAAGCGAGUUUGAGGACUUCUUUGACAAAAUUGUAGUUAAGUCUCACUUACCCAAUGUAUGGUUUGAGGGUUUUUGGGAGUCAUUUGGAAUUAGUCUUGAAGACAUGAAGGAGUUUCCUCCUACAGGGGCACUUAUUAGGAACCCUAACUACUAUAGCGUUAUGUCUGCUGUAUAUGCCGCAGCAUAUGGUCUCCAUAAACAUUUGAAUUGUACCGAAAAAGGUUGCCAUAAUAUAAACAAACCAAUUUCUUACAAAAAACUUUGGAAGGACAUUAUAGGUUCAUCAUUUAUUAUUCCAGGUACUAACCAAAAUUUCUUAUACAAUGAAAAUGGAGAUGUUGUUUCAACAACAUAUGAAUACAUUGCAUGGGAAAUCAAAACAAGUAAAAAUCAAAGUGAAAUUUACACAUUUGGAAAUUGGAAUCUUGAAAAUAAUGAAGUUAAUGUACACAUAAAUUUUUCAGAAUUUAAAAAAAGAACUUUUAAAUCAAUUCCAAUUUCAAAAUGUAGCAAACCAUGUAAGCCAGGAAAUUUGACAAUAUUUGGAAAACAAAAAUGUUGUUGGGAGUGUGCAAUGUGUGAUAAGAAUUACAUAUCACUAGAUGGAUUAAGCUGCAGUCCAUGUCCAAAGAUGUCAAUUUCUAGUAAAAAUCGAACAAUAUGCCAUAACUUAACAAAUGUUAAUCUUAGCUUAAAAAAUAAAAAUGGUAAAGUUAUUUUUGCUAUGUCACUUAUAGGAACUUUUUUUGGAUUAUCAGCAUUACUUGUUUUCUUUAAAAAUUGGAAUAGUCCAAUCAUAAGAGCUUCCAGUAGAGAAAUGUCAACAACACAACUGAUUUCAAAUUUGCUUUUGUUUUGCCAGCCGCUCAUGUAUCUUCAUAAUUUAACACCAAUCAUUUGUGGGUUAAGAAUUACUUGGUUUAGUAUAUUGUAUGCUUAUGUAAUAUCGUUUAUACUUAUGAAAACAUAUCGUUUACUGCGCGUAUUUAGAAAAAAACGAUUUUCUAAAAUAUCCAGAUUUUUAAAAAACAAAUACCAAAUAGGGUUCUCCAUGUCACUAGUAGUAAUUCAAUUAGUUGCAGAAAUAAUUUGGCUUUUCAUAAAUCCACCCGAAAUUCAACAAGAAAUAGACGAAGAGAAUUUUACAAUUAUAUACUACUGUGGAACCAAAACUGAUAUUUUACUCUAUUGCAAUGUAAUAUAUAUAAUUCUUUUAUCUCUAGUUAGUGGAUACAUGGCUUUUCGUGCACGAAAACUUCCCCAAAACUAUAAUGAAGCACAUUACAUAGCUCUAGCAAUGUUCAUUACAUGCUUAUCAUGGGCUCUAUUUAUCUUUCUUCAUGCUACAAGUGAACGAAAAUUGAAGAACUUUGUUUUUCUUGUAAUGAAUUUGAUAAAUAACUUUUGCUUGCUAACCAUCCUGUAUAGUCGUCGAUUCAUUGUUAUUUUAUUUUAUCCUGAAUUGAGAGACAGAAAUAACUUUACAAAAAUGCGUAAAAAUGCAACAGUAACAGCAUUUCUUAAUGAAAAUGAAAUCAAUAACGAAAAACAAAAAGUUAUAAGCUUUGAUUUUGACAAAAUGUUUGAUUCAUACAGACAAAAAAAUAAAAAUUCUAUUGCAAGCAGCUCAUCAAUGAUUAAUAAAAAAAAUAGCACAAAAAAACGUUUAAAAACAAUAGAUAAAGAAAAUGAUAAAAUGCAAAAUAACAAAACAAAAAAUUUAAAGAAACUAGCACAGACAAUGAAAGAACCAAACAAUAAACUAGAACCAACUAUAAAAAGAAGUUUAUCAUUAGACAACAUAAAAACUUAUCGUAACAAAGCAUUUGAACAUAUUUCAGAUAUUUCUAGCAACAAAGUGAAUUUUUUUGAAAACAAAGCAAAAUUAGCACAACAAACAGGUUCCAUCUACAAAAAACACAGUAAAGAAGUAGUUCAGAAUACAAAAAUACCAUCAGAAUAUAGAGAUUAAAAAAAGAAAAAAAGAAAAACAACAAAAAAGAAAAUAGAUAAAUUCAAUAAAUUUGUUUUAUAAAUAUUUAUGCAGAUUGUAACUACCAAAAAAAACUAUUCCGUUUUUCUAUAACAGAGACUUUUUUUUAUAAUAUAGACUUAUUUUAUUUCCUUAUAAAGACUUAUUUUCUUAAAUAACGUGAUAUAUGAGUGACUUUUUAAUAGCUUAUUAAAUUAUUUAUUGAUAGUUUAUUGAAAAUGAAUUUAAAAGUUAUUUUAAUCCUAUUAUAAUAUCAAGAACAUCUUAUGAUUUAAACAGCUAAGAAAUUUUUUUAAUGCAAA